UGAAAUUAAUUAUGCAACAAAUUAAGUAAAAUCCAUUUUUAAGUACUGAGAGAUGAGGACAAACCGUACGUGGAGGACCAAUUCAAAAUAAUUUGAAAAGCUAAAAUGAUUUUAAAUAUUACAUAUGCGCCGGCUGCUAGCUAGGUGUCACUACAAGACUCUGCUACUCCACUUGCUUUUCCCACUCCCCUUUUCCCCCACUAAAAAUUUUCCGUAUGCUGUGACCUUAACCUAACCAAAUCCAGAACCAGAACCAGAACCCUAACCGCAACCUUUUCUUUGGCUCAUCAAUGGAUUCCAUGAAGAAAAAGAAGAAGGAAAAGACCCCCACAGCAACUUGUAGCAUCCCCAGUACUGCUAAUACAAUGCAUAAUAUUUCUGAUACUUGUAUGGCUUCAUUUUGUUUCUUCUGUACAAUGAAAGAGCCUGAUUCUCUUCAAAGGCGAGCUGGUAUAGUAAACUGCUUUAAGCAAAUACCACUCAGAGAAGACCAUCAACACGUUCUUGUGCUCAGUGGUCUAUGGCACAUUGCCAUGACUCACCCCGAUGACCCGGAGUUCCCAUCUCUAGGCGUUUUUGAGUGCAUGGCAAGCUUAAUCAACAAAGGCAUCAAUAACAGAGAUUGGCUUCAAAGGGACCAAAACAUAUACAUCCCUUAUUACGCUGCUCAUGUGAUCGGUUCUUACACCAUGAACAAGGUUGAGUUCGCCGAAAAAGCCGUAAAAGCAGGAGUUAUUCCACCGUUGAUGGAGCUUCUUAGAGGAAAGCUUUGUUGGGUGGAACAAAGGGUAGCGGUACGAGCUCUCGGUCACUUAGCUAGCUAUGAAAGAACCUUUGAAGCCUUAGCUGAACACGAACAAGAGCUGGUGAGAUUAGCUAUGAAACUAGCUUCUACAUGUCUUGAUGUGGUUUAUGGUAAUUUUAUAGGGAUAAAGGAUAGGAAUAAGAGACCGAAAUACCAAAGCAAUUUGCUUACCAGAGGUGUUGGAGGAUUAGAAAUGGAGAACUGCAAGGCUGAAGAAUGGACUAGCCAACUACAGUGCUGGUCUCUCUAUUUCCUAAACUGUUUUGCCUACAAAGAGAGGUCUUUGAAUCUGAUUUGCAGGAAGGAAUUUUUGAAAGACUUGUGUGGGAUGUGGGGUGGACUAGUCAACGACACUUCACCUGCUGGUAUUGGACUUUUAAGAAUCUUGUGCUACAGUAAAUAUGGCAGAAAAAACGUUGCUGAAUCAAAAGAGGUUAUAGACAACCUUUGUAAUCUCUCGAGAUCUUCAGACGAUUGGCAGUACAUGGGCAUCGAUUGUCUGCUACUACUUCUCAAAGACCCAGAUACGAGGUACAAAGUUAUUGAAAUUGCUGUCUUCUUUCUUGUUGAUUUAGUCGAACUUAGAGACCUCGGAGAUAGACCAAACUUAGGUGAAACAAUCACCAAAGAACUACUUUUAUAUUAUAAGCAAAAUAAAUUGAAGCAUAAUAAAAGUAGCAAACUCGGAAAAGUGUUGAAAGAUAUAUGGGAUUUGAAGGUAGAGAGAAGGAAAAAAGAGAGGGUAUUAUCUGAAGAAAUACUUGAAGAGAAAAGGGUUUUGAUUUGUUCGAUAAAGCAACAAGCAAACCAAAAGUUCUGGUUAGGAGAAAUCGAAGAAGCUAUGAGGAAAUACUCUGAAGCAUUAAAUUUGUGCCCAUUGAGGUUAAGAAAAGAGAGAAUGGUGCUUUACAGUAAUAGAGCUCAAUGUCAAUUGCUGCUUAAAGAUCCAGAUUCAGCCAUUAGCGAUUCAACACGAGCUCUUUGCCUUUCGGAUCCAGCAAAUUCCCAUUUGAGAAGCCUCUGGAGAAGAUCACAGGCUUAUGACAUGAAAGGGUUGGCCAAAGAGAGUUUGAUGGAUUGCAUAAUGUUCAUCAAUGGUUGUAUUAAGUCGGAGGCGAAGCGUAUGAAGAUUCCAUAUUACGCAGCGCGUAUGAUCAGCAAACAGAUCGAUGCCACGUGGCUUUUCUCGGCUGCCCGGUCAAAGAUGACAAGAAGCUGUCAAGUGAAAGAAAUACUGCAAGAUGAAUCAUACGGCCGUGAGGAUCAGUAUGAGAUGAGUACUGGCAAUGACGGAAUGAUGAGAUAUAUGAUGGACAACAAAGGACUGUCUACCAUCAAAGAAGAAGGUUUGAUUGGAAAAGAAGGAAGUAGGAGAAAGCUGGAAAAAGGAAGAAGGAUAUCAAAGAGAGGUGUCAUGGCUGCUCCGUCAAUAAGUCUAAUAGGGUUACCACAUGUUAAAGGCUGAUAUACCUUGUGGGGGGGGUCUGAAUAUUAUAUGAUAGCAAAUGCUGAUCAUUAGAUGUUUAUUAUGAACUAUUUUAUGAGUUAAAAACUAUAAAUCAUUACAUGCUUUAUUUCCUUAAUCUACUAAGG